AUGAACUUCAACAUCUGGAACAUCAAGGAGAUGCUGAGCACACCGACAGCCCUCGGGCCCAAUAAGUUUUCCAUAAGGAGCAGCACUGCCAGUGACUACUCGAGCCUGAGUGAUUCUCAGCUGCUCUUUGGCUCCCAGUUCUGCCCGGAGAACGCGCAGUCGGCAGCGGCACCGCUGGAGCUGGGCCAGCAGAACUCCCAGGAUAGUGAGCCCAGUAUUUUUACCAAAUACCAGACAAAACCACAGUUAUUUGAUGAAGAAACAAGAGAAAAGGGUUCUCUUAAUUUUGGUGCAGGAAGAGCAAAAAGUGUCUUGGAAAAUUUUGAAGUGAAUAAGAACAAAAUAAAGGACAAAUAUGACCGUGAAGUCCUAAGCACCUUUAUUUCCAGCAUCAAAGACAAGCUUCAAGAGCUGCCAGUGUGCUUCGAGAAGUUUGAAGAAAUGCUUGAUUCCAAACUCAAAUCCAGUUUGGUUGGCCUAGAAACCCUUUUCAAGACAUUGGAAGAUGCUCUUCAAAGUCACUGCAGCUUGGUGCUGAAAGCUUUGACAGAAAAAAGCCAAAUGGAGCAGGCACUGCUGGAGAUGGAGAGGAGACUUGCAGCCAAAGAUGCUGAGAUUUUGGAUAUGAAAUCCAGUAUGCAGCUGCUGAAGGAGGGUCUGGAGUCCCUGCCAGCCCAGCUGAAUGACCAGUUCCUGAAAGCAUGUCAAGAACUUGGCUUCCUGACGCCGUGUAAUGCCUCAGCUGGGCAGCACACGCUUUUGUCUAGUGCCAGCCUGGCCCCUCACACGACAGAUAAAUCUUUCCAGACCUCCCCUGGGCUGUGCCAGUACUGUGUCCUGAGCGAGGAGCACCUGCACAAGCCAUGCUGCCCAGGCAGGGGAGUUUGCAGCUGUUCAGGCUGGUCUUAUUUCCCCUGUGUGACAGUGGGACAGCAAAACAGAGCCUCCCCUGGAGGGAACCAGCUCACUGGAGAUGGCACAUCUAAGGGUGACCUAAACCCAGCCUCAGAGGACAAAGCCAGCCCCAUUGCUACAGCAGCCUGUGGCACAGCAAACACCUUUUUGCAGGAGGUGAAAUGCAGCUUGGAGACACAGAGCUGUGCUGCCCAUCCUUGCAUGUGCUGGGCUGGCAGACACUUUUUGGGGAGUAGUCAGAAGAAACAGUGUCCUGUACCACUGGAAGGGCCUCUACCAACCCCCCUGAGGAAGGCAUUCAGGAGAGGCACUCGAGGGUUUAAACCCCUGGCACUAUCACAGCAGCAGCAGCCUCAAGUUUGCCACCAUUCUACACAGAAAGCUACACCUGGGCAAAGACACAGCAACUGGCCCACAAACCAUGAGGUGGAGAAGGCAGCUGUAGGGAACAAAACAAAACUGAGUCCAGGAAGGAUGUCCUGGAAAAGAGCAAUAAGGAGAAAGACAACGUACUCCACUAAGGGGAAAGGUGAACGCUCUGGAUGUGCUGACAGUGGGCUGAAGCAGAGGAAGGCAACUGGGAUUAUUGACUUGGAAAGCUCCAGAAAAAAUACCCUUCACAGCUACUUGGUUGAUCUCAAUUCAGAAAACUCUGACCUGGUUUUUGCAGCUUCCCAUCAGCAGAUCCUCAGCAAUGCUCAGAUGGGGCUUACAAAGAAUUUCACACCAGUGCCACACUCUGAUAAAAGCCUGCAACAACCUGAAAGCAAAAGAAAGAGAAGUCUUGAAAUUAAAAAAACAAUGAAUGUUUCCAGUAUAAAAAGGUAUCUCCUGGAUUCCUCUCCCGAGGAGAAUGUACUCUCCCUGUGUAGCACAACAGGUGUAAAGCAAGUGAGCUGCUUCAGCCUCCAAAGCCCCUCAAGCUCCAAGAAACUACACCCUGUCAAUCCACAGGCACAGCAGAAAACAGCCUGUUGCUCUUUACUGUUAGAUUGUGAUUCUUCUGAUUGAAGGGGUUUGUUUCAUGCUCAGAGCCCUUAGAGCAGGAUGACCAUUUCAGCUGCAGUUUAUUCCUCUAGGUGUGUUACUGGCAUAGUCAGAAGCAAGACUCAGGCCUGCAUGCUUGAAAGUGCUAUUGCCCAGUUGGAGAUAUUGUAAGGGACUAAGCAGGGCUCUCCCCUGGCUUGGAAAGCUGAAGGGAUCUGUGCUGCUUUACUUUCCUGUUCCCAGCAGAAAUGCCAUGGGCUUGAGUUACACAUUUACACAGCAGUGAAGUACCUGACAUUCCCAGGGAGGAGAGGGCUGGCAGAGCAGACUGUCAGCUCAGUCAGAUUUGGCACCGAGGUCUACUGGAAAUUCCUCAGCUAGAUUGAUACAAUGCUAUCUGUGGCCCGAGGCUUCACUCUGUUUUUCACUCCUAGUAUCUCUGUUGGUUUGCUAUGUAAAAGUUCAGGUUUUUAGUAGAGUAGUAUUGUUCUGGUUGAUUUCAAUCAGGUUCAGAUUUGUCUCAGGAGUGGUUUGUGAAUGUUUGGCAGGGAGAGGUUUAACUGAGGAAAACCAAACCCCACUGUCUCAGGUUCGUCCAGUACUGUAUGUCUUCUCCUUACAGGCUGAAAUUCCUCAGUUUCAGAGA